AUGAAGGUCUCCAAGGGGCUACGUGCCCUGACAUUCGCUUCCGGUGGACUGGCAGCAUCCACCAACUCAUCCUCAUCUACCAUCGCAGCCUUGCUUUCGAACGGAGAUGUCGACCUGGGCAUCACAGCAGAAGCCUACCAGAAGGCCGCCGCCUUCGUCGCGACCCUCACCAACGCGCAGAAGGUCUCCAUCAUCACGGGCUCCGACAUCUCCGACUCAAACGCAACAUGGACAGCGUACAGCUCAGCCGAUGGCGGCUCGGGCGUGAACAAGCAAUUCUUCGUCUCGGGCUUCUCUGCACCGGCGGCGCUGACCAUGACCUGGGAUCGUCAGCUCAUAGCAGACCAAUUCAAGGCUAUUGGAGCAGAGUUUUACGGGAUGGGCUACAGCCUCGUCGACGGACCCGUAGCAAGCCCGGCCGGGCGCGUCCCCGAAGGCGGGCGCAACGCAGAGGGUUUCUCGUUCGACGCAUACCUGAGCGGAAUCGCAAUGGGGCAGGCGGUGACAGGGAUGAACUCAGCGGGCGUAAUCACGGCGGGACGUCACUUCCUGUUCAACGAGCAGGAGACGAAUCGCAUGACGGGCGAGCGGUACUCAUCCAAUGUUGAUGAGAAGACGGCGCAGGAGGUGUACCUAUGGCCAUUUGCGGACGGCGUGAGAGCGGGCAUGACGGCGGUCAUGUGCGCCAUGAACCGGGUCAACGGCACGCGCAGCUGCGAGAACAACGCCCUGCUCAGUGGCUACCUCAAGACGGACCUCGGUUUCCCGGGCUACGUGCUCCCGGAUGUGCAGUCACAGUCGACUUCGUACGGCAGUGCCAACGCUGGGCUCGAUUACGGCUCCAGCUCCUACUGGACCGAGGCCAUCAUCGAGGCCGGCAUCGCCAACGGCAGCAUGACCCAGGCCCGCCUGGACGACAUGGCCGUCCGCAACGUUCUGCCCUUCUACUACGCUGGCCUGGACGACGGGAAGAUCCCCGCCGAGGCUGAUACCACCGAGUACCGCGAUGUGCGCGGCGACCACGCUUCGCUCAUCCGCAAAGUAGGCGCCGAGUCGAUUGUUCUGCUCAAGAACAAUGGAGUCCUGCCCCUGAAGAGCCCACGUACCAUGUCGGUCUUCGGCGCGCACGCUGGCCCUGCUAUGGCCGGCCCUAACCAGCCAUUUGGGGUCUCAGGCACUGCUGACACUUACCAGGGCCAUCUCGCGACCGCGGGUGGUUCAGGCCAGGCCUCGUUCCCUUACCUGAUCACACCUCAGAUGGCUCUCACGCUUCGCCAGUCCCAAAACGGGGGCAUGAUCUGGUGGAUCUUGAACAACACCUACACCUCCACUUCCACAGGAGGCUUUGGUGGUGGUGGUGGUGGAUUUGGAAGCGGCAACGAUACGGGCUCAUUCCCAGGAGGAGGCAGUGGUGACAGCGGAAACAGCAGUACAACCAUGCCCGGCGGCGGCGGUGGUGGAGGCGGAGGAGGUAUCGCAGGUAUCGGUGGAGGAACGGGUGUGGACCAGUCGAUUCCCGAUUACGCCGCCAACUCGGAAGUGUGCCUGGUUUUCAUCAACGCGGAUUCUGGCGAGGGUGCAGACCGCACGGAGCUAUACGACACCGAGCAGGAUACCCUUGUGACAACGGUUGCAGAGAACUGCAACAACACAGUAGUCGUGGUCAAUUCUGUUGGGCCGCGCCUUGUCGACGUCUGGGUCGAGCACGAGAACAUAACUGCGGUCGUUUAUGGCGGUGUUCUCGGCCAGGAGAGCGGCAAUGCCAUCGCUGACGUCCUCUAUGGCGACGUGAACCCCUCUGGCAAGCUGACAUACACAAUUGCGAAGAACGAGUCGGAUUAUGCGAAUGGCAUCUGCACCACGACAGACUACGAAUGCGACUUCACCGAGGGAGUUUACGUCGAUUACCGCUGGUUCGACGCCAAGAACAUCACACCACGCUACGAGUUUGGGUACGGACUCAGCUACACUACCUUUGACUUCGGAACGGUCGACGCCAAGACAACCAAUGCAUCAGCCUUGUCCUCAAAAUAUGCCUCCGGCACGCUAGGGCUGGGCGGACAGCAGGAUUUGUGGGACGAGGUGAUCCAAGUCACCACGAGCGUGAGCAACACUGGUGCUGUCGAGGGUGCCGAGGUUGCCCAGCUAUACGUGACUUUCCCCGACGAGGCGGAGCAGCCGGUGCGCGUCCUCCGUGGCUUCGAGAAAGUCAGCGUCAAGCCGGGCCAGAGCGCCCCUGUCACGUUCAGCUUGAGGAGGCGGGACGUGAGCUACUACGAUUCCGCGGCUGAGAAAUGGGCCGUGGCCAGUGGAGACUACACGUUCGCGGUUGGCUCCAGUUCAAGGGACAUCAAGGGCACCGCGAAACUCACCAUCUAG